AUCCCUCAGACACAUAUCCAUUUUCGAUAAUUCAAAUGGAAAACACAAAGACCGCCGCCGCCGUCGCCGGAGCUCCGGCGGCCAUCGCCAUUCCUGAGGCGGCGAUGGUAGAAGCGGCGGCGGUAGGGUUUUCUCCGUCUUCUCUGUCCCCGACCUCAUCGUCGUCUUCCCCUAAUUCCUCCUCCUCCUCGGCGGCGGCUCCGGCGGUGAUCCUCAGCCCUUGCGCCGCCUGCAAGAUUCUCCGGCGGCGGUGCGUCGAGAAGUGUGUUCUGGCGCCGUAUUUCCCGCCGACUGACCCCCUCAAGUUCACCAUUGCCCAUAGGGUUUUUGGAGCUAGUAACAUUAUCAAAUUACUUCAGGAGCUCCCGGAGUCUCAAAGAGCCGAUGCCGUGAAUAGUAUGGUGUAUGAAGCCAAUGCUCGUUUAAGGGAUCCAGUGUACGGUUGCGCGGGCGCAAUUUGUCAUCUUCAGAACCAAUUAAGUGAACUGAAAGCUGAGCUAGCAAAGGCGCAAGCCGAGAUUCUCAAUAUGCAAUGCCAAAACUCAAACUUGUUCGACCUAAUUUGCAAGCAAAUCGUAGCGCCAAAUGAUAUCCAACAAAUCGCGUCGUUGCCACAAUCUCCGCCAUCCGUUCAUGAGAAUAAUCCUUCCUUUUAUUUCGACGAGAGUAUUUUGGGCGUCGCUUGGGAGCCACUUUGGACAUGAAAUCCCCCGAAGAACCGAAUUAGGGUUCAUAUUGACAUCAUACACAUACACUUCAACUAAGAAACUAAAGGACCUAUCAACAAAUAAUUCGAUAAUAUUAGGGUUUUUAAACUUAAUUUAAUUAGCGAGAAAAAAAAAAUGUUUUCGCGUAUCUUGAUUAUAAUUUAUAGUUGUUUGUAUUUGACAAGAACAUAUGUACUUUCAUGUCUUUUCCAGAGGAAACAAGAAAUGUAAACAA